AUGGUCAACCUGGAUCCACAACCACCCCUUUUCCCUAAGAAAACUAUGGCCACUGAUCUUUUCUCGCUCCGUGAGAAGUUCUUUACUCUCCGCACCACCAAGGAGGAGGCGACCAAGCGCGCCGAGGACGCCGAGGAGAGUGUCAAGGCGCUCGAGGCCGAGCUCGCCGCCGCCCAGGCCGUGGCCUCGGCCGCUGCCGACGACACCAAGCGCGCCGACGAGGCCCAGACCAAGGCCAAGGCCCUCGAGGGCGAGCUCUUUGCCAUUCAGCAGGAGCUUGAUCUGCUAAAGGACAAGGUCGCCGGCCUCGAGAACGAGCGCGCCGCUGCCGUUGAGGAGGCGAAGAAGGCCCACCAGGAGGCUGAGGCUGCCACCAAGGAGGCCGACAAGGCCCACAAGGAGGCUGAGGCUGCUCACAACGAGGCCAAGGCCGCCCACGACGAGGCCACUGCCGCUCACAAGGAGGCCGAGGCCGCCCAGAAGAAGGCUGAGGAGGCUGAGGCUGCCGACGAGCAGGCCAAGGCUACUGCCAUUGCCGAGGCCGCCGCUGCCAAGGAGGCUCUUGCUGCUGCUGAGAAGCGCGCCACCGAGGCCGAGGCCGCCACCGCUGCUGCCGCUGCCAGUGUCGCCGAGGCCGCCAAGACCCAGGAUGCUGCUGCCGCCGCCGAGGCCGAGGCCGUCGCUGCUGCCGCCAAGCAGGAGCUCGCCACCGCCGUUUCCCAGAAGGAGGCUGCCGUCGCCGAGGCCACCGCUGCCAAGGAGGCUGCCGCUGCCGCUGAGAAGAAGGCCGCCGACGCCGAGGCCAACAGCAAGGUCGCUGCUGAGGAGGCCGCUGCCGCCGCUACGGCCGCUGCUGCCCAGGCCGGAGAGGAGGCUGCCGCUGCUUCCGCCAAGGCCGUCGAGGUGGCCGAGGCCGAGACUGCUGCUGCCACCAAGCGCGCUGUCGACGCCGAGGCUGCCGUCGCUGCCGCUGCCGAGUCGGCCAAGGAGGUCGCUGCUGCCCAGGAGGCCACCGCCGCCGCCGCCGCUGCCGAGGUCGAGGCCGCCAAGAAGGAGGCUGCCGAGGCCAAGGCCGCCCUCGAGGCCGCUGUCGAGGCCAAGGCUGCUGCCGAGGCCACGGCCGCCGAGGCCCAGGCCGCUGAACCCAAGGAGGAGGACGUCGCCGCCAAGGAGGCCGAGGCUGCCGCCAACGAGGCCGCCAUCCAGAAGCGUAUCGAGGCCGCCGUCGAGGAGUGGAACCAGAAGCACCAGGAGCUCCAUGCCCAGUACGAGAGCAUGAAGGCCCAGCAGGCCGAGUUCCUCGCCGAGGCGAACAAGUGGUAA